AGCCCGUCUACAUUCACAUCACAUUUUCAGGACUUGAAUUAUCUGAUCUUCUCUGUCCUGCUCAAAGAUAAUCUCUUUACCAAAUGGGUGCUUCAGGAAGAUGGUUGAAAUCCCUCAUUUCUCAUAAAAAGCCCUCCUCCAAUGACCCUGAGAAGGUUGGGGAUAAGAGUAAGAAGAAGUGGAGGCUGUGGAGAAGCUCUUCAGAAGGUUUUGGAUUUGGGUCCUCCACGAAAAGCAUCAAGAAGGAACGCGAAGCUGCUUCAGAGAAGUCUGAUUCAUCUACGUUUGCGGUGGAUGAUACGCUUGCUUCUGCCAUGGCUACUGUGGCAGUCCGAGCUGCUCCUAAAGAUUUCAUGCUAAUCAAGCAGGAAUGGUCUGCCAUUCGGAUUCAAUCUGUGUUUCGAGGUUUCUUAGCUAGACGAGCUUUGAGGGCAUUGAAGGCAGUGGUGAGGCUGCAAGCAAUAUUCAGAGGAAGGCGAGUGAGAAAGCAAGCAGCUAUAACACUAAGGUGCAUGCAUGCUCUGGUUAAAGUUCAGGCACGUGUGAGGGCAAUGAAUGUAAGGAUGUCUCCAGAAGGGAAGGCUGUUCAGAAAUUAUUAGAUGAUUACCGCAGACAAGCUGAAGAUCCUGUUAAGCAGGCUGAGGAAGGAUGGUGUGACAUUCCAGGAACUGUCGAUGAAGUUAAAGCAAAGAUACAAAUGAAGCAAGAGGCGGUCAUCAAAAGGGAGAGAGAAAUGGCUUAUUCUCUUUCUGCUCAGGCACGAGUGGGUGGGAGUCCAAAAGCAAGAGGCACAAAGACAGUGAACAAGAGCUUGUUAGAGCAAUGGAUGACAGUGAAGCCAUGGGAAAGCAGGUUGAUGGACGGUGGUAACUAUUAUGACUCAACUGACAUUAUCACUCCAUUGUCCAGGAAAAGCAAUGAUCUUGUUCAAGAACAAGGGUUGAUCAAAGCAAGAAGGAAUGGUGUGACCGAAAUUAUUUCCAGUAGGUCUCUUACAACAAGCCAAUCGACUCUGACAUCAUCAUCAUCAUCUUCAACCUCGAGUUCUGAAAGCUGCACUUUUGAUGAUAGCCCUGAAUCAUCAACUUCAUACACAUCCAUAUCACAUUGUGUACCAUUUAGCAGCAAUACUCUUGCGGAGGAAACGAGGGAGGAAAAGACUUUUCAUAGACCUAGCUAUAUGAAUCUGACAGAGUCAACAAGGGCCAAACAAAGAGCUUGUCGUUACUUGAAUAUGAGUGGAGAUUGUAGGAGCAUUUGUUCUGGUUCUGAUCCUUGUGUUAAUUUGUGGAAAGGUGUUUGUGCAACACCUGAAAGGUUUUCUUACCAACAGAGAAACUUUGCGAGACAACAAAGGUUGGCUUAGUCUCAACCUUCCAUAGAUUUUAUUUCAACAGCUUGUUGGGAGAUACAAAUGUAGAGAAUGACUCAUGGAUAAUGUAGAUUACAAGUGGUUUUUCUACGAAAAUGAAAUAGUGUAUUUUUCUUUUGC